CAGUGAGUGUCACUGUCAUGUCAAUUUGUCAAAUCACAUUGUGAUUGCAGGCAGGCUAAAGUUAUACAUUAUUGUGUUAUCUAAUCAUUGCAAUGGGUAUGCUGAAAAGGACCACCGGCCUUGUGGGCAUGGCCGUAGCGCCAAAUGCCCACCACACUCUCGGCGCUCUAUACGGAAAGAUUCUACGAGUCCUGCAGAAGAUGCCUGAAAAGGCUGCAUACCGAAAGUACACUGAACAAAUUGUUCGUGAGAGAGCUGCUGUCUUAAAACAGACUAAAGACGUUUAUGAGAUUGAAACCAAAAUUAACUGUGGCCAAGCUGAAGAAUUAAUUAUCCAGGCAGAAAAUGAACUGAACUUGGCUAGGAAAAUGUUGAACUGGAAGCCGUGGGAGCCACUUAUUGCUAAGCCACCCAAGGGCCAGUGGGAAUGGCCUCCAACAAAGGCUUAAAUGUACUCAAUGUUUUGUUAGACAACUUCUUAGUAAUUUUAUUAAUAAAUAUAUAAUACUAUUGUUUA